GAAGAACAUUGUUUUUUUGAUAAAGAAAAUCAACCAACUGAGGCAACUGUCAUUAAGGAUAUGGAUAAUGUUUUCAAUGAAAAAUUCAAUCAGUCACAAAACAAAACAAAAAAACCUGUUAGCCAAGCACUAUCAUCAUCAACUACUACCACUUUUGUUGCCACUUCAACUAUUGCUAACAUUCUUUCAAUGUUAGAUGCUGAAGGGCUAUACAAUGAAAUAGCUGGUGGUAUCAAUAAUAUAACAGCAAGUCUUCCUGAUGAUGAUGUUAACCCAAAAGAAUACACUCUGUUGCACUAUUUAGGCAACUUUUCUAAGCUUGCACAUAAUAGCGUCGAUGAUUUAAAUUAUCACUUUACACAGUAUGGUAAUUGUACUACUACCACUGCAAAAACUUUUAAAUCCAUGAGUAUUCAUGGAUAUAAAUAUAAUGUUUCAGUAUAUGUUACAGAUAUUAUUUGUAUUAAAACAUAUAGAAUAUAUGAAGUAUUAAGUUUUAGGAUACCAAUAUCUUAUUCUGAAAGAUGGAUUUUGUUUCAUACUGCAAAAUUUGGUACUCUUUUGGAGAAACUACUCAUGGAUCAGCAAGAUGUAAAAGGGAAAAUGUCAAGAGAACAUUUUUUAAACAACAAUAAUACCCAUUGUAUGGACAGAUGGACAAAGAUACCAGUCAACGCCCCCAAAACACAAAAGAAAAAACAAAAUUUGUGA